AGUGACUGAGAUUAACUCUUUGGUGGCUGCAGCCUGCGGUUGAGCAGCACUGAGAGCAGGCCCGCAGGGCGAGAUAAAGGCGUCUGCCUUGGUUGCGUGGCCCCUCUUCCCGACACAUGCCUUUGCCUUGGAUCCCGCAAGUGACAAAGCAGGAGGGGAAGGCGAGGAAGGUCCAGCCAUCCCCUCUGCAAAAUGCCUGAGGGUCCCGAGCUGCACCUGGCCAGUGUCUUUGUGAAUGAGACAUGUAGGGGGCUGGUAUUUGGUGGCUGUGUGGAGAAGUCCUCUGUCAGCCGCAACCCUGAGGUGCCCUUUGAGAGCAGUGCCUACCACAUCUCAGCCUCAGCCAGAGGCAAGGAGUUACGCCUGACAUUGAGUCCCCUGCCUGGUGCCCAGCCCCCUCAGAAACCACUGGCUCUUGUUUUCCGCUUUGGCAUGUCUGGUUCCUUCCAGUUGGCAUCUGCAGAGGCACUGCCACGCCAUGCCCACUUGCGUUUUUACACUGCUCCACCAGCCCCCCGCCUUGCCCUGUGCUUUGUGGAUAUCCGUCGCUUUGGCCGCUGGGAACCUAGGGGCGAAUGGCAGCCAGGUCGUGGACCCUGUGUCCUACUGGAGUAUGAACAGUUCAGGGAGAAUGUGCUACACAACCUCUCGGACAAGGCCUUUGACCAGCCCAUCUGUGAGGCCCUCCUAGAUCAGAGGUUCUUCAAUGGCAUUGGCAACUAUCUGCGGGCAGAGAUCCUGUACCGGCUGAAGAUCCCCCCCUUUGAGAAGGCUCGCACAGUCCUGGAGGCCCUGCAGCAGCGCCGGCUGGUGAGAAUAGUGUGUGAGCAUAGCCCAGAACUGACCCUGAGCCAGAAGAUCAAGGCCAAAUUGCAGAACCCAGACCUGUUGGAGCUGUGUCAUUCAGUGCCUAAGGAAGUGGUUCAGCUGGGGGGCAAAGGCUAUGGGCUGGAGCAUGGAGAGGAGGACUUUGCUGCCUUUCGAGCCUGGUUGCGGUGCUACGGCAUGCCAGGCAUGAGGUCCCUGCGUGACCGGCAUGGCCGUACCAUCUGGUUCCAGGGUGAUCCCGGACCCUUGGCACCCAAAGGGGGCAAGUUCCGAAAAAAGAAGUCCCAGGAGACACAUCUGGGGGCUGAGAAUGGAAUAAAGGACGCUUCACCUCCAAGGAAGUCCAUUUCCAGGACACUGCGAGUCCAAAAACACUUUCCAAAGAGUACAGCUCAACAGUCUGAGGGAACCAACCUCCAACAAUAUCCAGAAACACCCACAACCCCGGAGAUAAGGAAGAGGAGGGGACGCCAGGAAGCUGCAGGUCACCGCAGAUCCCAGAAGAAUAAGGCUGAUACCUGAUCCAAGGAAGCUGGGGUGACUGCAGCCUCUUAGAAGGGCUUGCUUGCUUGCCCCCUUCCUAGCUGCCUUACUGUGAAUCUAGGGGCAUGUCUGAAUCCCUUGAAGGGCUGUAUGCCCCAGGCCCUGUGGCUCUUUUCUUAUACAACUGCUUUUUGUUUUUUGAGAGGUUUCAUGUAUCCCAAGUGGCCUUGAAUUCAUUAUGUACGUGAAGAUGCCCUUGAACUCCUAGUCUUCCUGGCCCUACCUCUGGAAUGCUGGGAUUUACAGAUGUGAGGCACCACACACUGUUAACUGUGCUUGAAUUGUACCCCACCUUCUAAAGCCCAUGUGAAAAUGUUAGUAAACUAAUAAAUUUGAACUUCUUGGCA